CAGCCAACGACUCUCGCUAUGAAUGGAAGGCCGCUAUUCGAUCAAGACUAGAUGGACGCCGACUGGCAACGCUGAACACUCCGAAAACUUCUACAAAGUCGACAAUAUGGCCCAAGCUGGUAUUUAUAAAUCGCAAAAGGUCGCUUCCGGUUCCGACUCAUACCUCACGGACUUGACCAGCUCACCGAGUACUUCACAUGAGCUAAGGGUUCCAACUCCAAGCAACGUUGAAACAUUGCGAACAUUAGCGAACAUCAGGAUAAUAACUCAACGCCCAGCUUCGGCCACAAUUGAGCCAAUCAAGUAUCUGCCGGGUUAUUCAACAACCGAACACUAUAUCAAGAAGGAUGGGAACUGUUUGUUUAGAACAUUUGCGCACUUCAAGUACGGAGAUCAAGAGAAGCAUAUUCAAGUCAGACAGGAAAUGAUCAAAUACAUAGAGGCAAACCCAUUCGAAUUCCAAGACUUUGUUGAAGGGGAAGAUCCAGAACCAGAAAUCAGAUUGAAGAAAUAUCUCUACAGAAUAAAAAAUGGGGCUUGGGGAGAUGAGCUCUCCAUCAAAGCCUUGUCAGAAGCUUACGAAUUGGACGUCGUGGUUGUUUCUGUUUCGGACAGAUCCAUGUAUGCUCAGCUGCAUGUCGGCAACAAAGGCACUACAGGGUUCAACGGAGCUUAUCUACAAAAUGAUCAUUACGAGUUACUCUUCCAAGCUUGAUCCUCAUCUCCAUUAACUCAAAGAGAAG